UGCUCUAAGAGCAGGCUCUGAACUUAGCGGCAAGGAUCCAGAUCACAUCGUCCAUCUGUGCCAUGAGGUGGUUAGUAAGGCCAUUCUGUGCUUUUGUUUUGUUCAAGUCGUCAUGCCUGCGAAACCACUGCCCGACGAGAUACAGGCAAAUGGCUGGGAGAGCAGGAAGAGCAGGGAUAGACACGCAUGGCGAGAGUAUAUUAAUCUGUAAAAGUGAGGAGCUUCCCAUUCUGAAAGAAGGUUGUCAACCGUUGCAGUCAUAUCUCGCCGAGGAAAAGAAUGGAAUGAUGAGAGCUCGUUUUGGAGGUGGGCACAGGAUGUCAACCGCUCUGCACUCUUCUCAACUCUACACAGCCUUUUGA